ACUCCUCCUUCCCACGGUCUCCUCCUCUGCACCCCCCGUCCUCGCGUGGUGCAGUCCAGAGUCUCGGGUCACGGGGCCGUGGGGGCGCGGCUUGCUUUGAGCCCUGGGGUGCCUCUCCAGGCGUCGGCGGGAGUCCCCAGGAGAAGCGGCUGCGGCUGGAAUGAUGCUGGGCCAGAGUCGCUUCAUCUUCGUUCUUCUGGCUGCGGCAGCCACCUGCGCCUUGGCGCAGCACGCGCCGCCGUGGACAGAAGAUUGUAGAAAAUCAACUUAUCCUCCUUCUGGACCAACCUAUAGAGGACCGGUUCCGUGGUACACUAUAAAUCUUGACUUACCACCCUACAAAAGAUGGCAUGAAUUAAUGACUGAAAAGGCAUCAACGUUAAAGAUUUUAGUGAAUUCUAUGAAGAAUGUAGUAAAUUCAUUUGUGCCAAGUGGAAAAAUUGUACAGUUGGUGGAUCAAAAGCUGCCUGGUCUCCUUGACAAUCUUUCUGGUCCUUUUGAAGAGGAAAUGAAGGGGAUUGCAGAUGUUACUGAAAUACCUUUAGGAGAAAUUAUUUCAUUCAACAUUUUUUAUGAAAUUUUUACCAUUUGUACCUCAAUAAUAACUGAAGACAAAGAAGGUCAUCUACUCCAUGGAAGAAACAUGGAUUUUGGAGUAUUUCUCGGGUGGAAUGUGAAUAAUAAUACCUGGGUAGUAACUGAGGAACUGAAACCUUUAACAGUGAAUUUGGACUUCCAGAGAAACAAUAAAACCGUCUUCAAGGCUACAAGCUUUGCUGGCUACGUGGGCAUGUUAACAGGAUUCAAACCUGGGCUAUUUAGUCUUACACUAAAUGAACGUUUUAGUAUGAAUGGCGGUUAUAUUGGUAUCCUAGAAUGGAUUUUGGGAAAGAAAGAUUCCAUGUGGAUAGGGUUUAUCACUAGAUCAGUUCUGGAAAAUUCUACAAGUUAUGAAGAAGCCAAGAAUAUACUGUCCAAGACCAAGUUAUUGGCCCCAGCGUACUUUAUCCUGGGAGGUAACCAGUCUGGGGAGGGUUGUGUGAUUACACGAGAAAGAAAAGACUCUUUGGAUGUGUAUGAACUUGAUCCUAAGAAUGGUAGAUGGUAUGUGGUACAGACGAAUUAUGACCGAUGGAAAAGCCCCUUCUUCCUUGAUGACCGAAGAACUCCUACGAAGAUGUGUCUGAACCGCGCAACACAGGAGAACCUCUCCUUUUCGACCUUAUAUGAUGUCCUGUCAACAAAGCCUAUCCUCAACAAGCUGACAGUAUACACAACUUUGAUUGAUGUUACCAAAGGUCAUUAUGAAACUUACCUUCGGGAUUGCCCAGACCCCUGUAUAGGCUGGUGAGCACACAUCUGGGCCACAGAAUUUGCUUUCCAAGAUAUGAAGAUGCAGUGUCCAAACAGCUGACCACUGCAGCCAUGUUGUCUCCUUUCAAAGACUAAGAUUGAAAGCAGGUUCUCUUUGAGUCAUGAGCUUAUCCUUCUCAGUAUGUUUAUGAUUAACAGAAUAUUUUUGCCAUAAUCAUUGAUUCUUCUUGUUUUCGGGUAAAUUCAAGUGAAGUAAAACAGCUAGAAUUUGCCCAGUUUCAUUUCACUUGGACAUUUGGGGAUGGGGAUAAGCAAUUAAACCAUUGUAGGACCCAGCUCCAUGGAAUAAAUCAAGAUUCUCUGUGGGCAUUUAAUCCCAAAUUCUUGUGUGCAUAUGAAUAAUGUAAAAGUAAACACUUCACAUUAUUCAGUUUUUCACUUUUAUCUACAUAUUUGUAUAUUUUUCUGUGUAGCAGUAUUUUCCUCUGGUUCUAACAACUACUAUUAAAAUCAAUUGCCUUUGCUGUUUGUGACAGCAAUUUCACUACAUUUGAUUGGGAGGAUGAGACAAACAUUCAGUAUUUCUUUUAAUGAGCAAUAAGUGACCUUUGACUCUGAAAAUAGUACUUUUUGGGGUUCCUGAAGUAAUCAGUUUGCAAGGCAGUCUUUUAUAUAAAGAAGUGUUCCUUUUUCAUAAUCACACUACCUCCUAGUAACCCCAGGAAGUUGCUAACUUCAAAAACUGAGUCCCAGAUUCUGUGAAUUCAUAAACAUGUCAAAGACUUGAAAAUAAGAAACAAAUUCAUUAUUUUAAAUUCUCAUAUCAUUCAUUUAAUAAACAAGUUUUUUGUUUGUUCUUCUGA